AUGCUGGCGAUCGUCGAAGGCCUUGUCUACCUCCAUUCGCUCGACAUCAUCCACCGGGACCUCAAGUCGCGAAACGUGCUCGUCGAUUCCACCAAAGUCAUGUGUGGUGCCGCGACCGCAUGCGCUGACUUGCUGCGUUUCCAGGGCACGAAACUCACCGACUUUGGGGCGUCGCGGGAGGCCACCAGCGACACGAUGACGAUUGGCGUCGGCACGUAUCGAUGGAUGGCCCCCGAGAUCCUCAAAGAAAACGACUACACGGUCGCCGCCGACAUGUACUCGUUUGGGAUGGUCGUGACCGAGCUCGACUCGCACGAGAUCCCCUACACCAACCUGACAAACGGAAAAGGCAAACCACUGGUCGACACGGCCAUCAUGAGCAUGGUCAUGCAUGGCGACAUCCACCCCGCGCUCACGGCCCAGUGCCCGACAUGGAUCAAGGACCUCGCGCUCCAGUGUCUCGCCAUCGACCCGGCCAACCGGCCCACCGCCAUCCAAGUGGCUGCGGUCGUGCGGAAACAUCUCCACGGGAUGCAUGAUGCAGCAGUCGACGGACGAGAUGGCGGUCUAUCGUGCAUGCCGCGCUUGCCAUAG